AAGGAAAAUGGAUGAAUAUUUUAAUUUAUUGAUGGAUUCUGUUGAAACUCCAGGAGAUGUAAAUUUCAGGAUAGAGUGGAAGGAGGGUCGAGGUAGAUGUCUUGUUGCAACCACCACCAUCCAACCUGGACAAAUAAUAUUCAGGGAAAAAUGUGUUGUAAAAGGCCCACUACAUAAUACUUCACCAGUCUGUCUAAACUGCCUUAGUAAGGUUUCUGGAGAGUAUAAGUGCUCUGACUGUUAUCUACCACUCUGUAAACCUGAGUGCAAAGGAGAUCAUCAAACUUUUGAGUGCAAUCUCUUCCAGCUUGCAAAAAAUAAGAUUGAUAUAUCUGAUUUCACUCCAGCUUGUCCUUUAUACCAGUGUAUUACACCUUUGAGGUGCUUACUGACAAGGGAUAAUUGGCCUGAAAAGUAUAUAAAAAUCAAGGGUCAGGAGGCACAUAGAGAAAAGGCAGAAGUUGGAGAACAUUGGAGUAUCUGCCAAACAAAUAUUGUAGACUAUUUGAUAAAGAGUUGGAAGCUGGAUUUUUCAAGAAACGAAAUAAAUCAUGUAAUAGGAUGUUUAGAGGUUAAUUCCUUUGAAAUUAACCUUGUAAAGGGUGGAAGAGGAAGAGGCGUCUUUCCUCUCCUAGCCCUGCUUUCACAUUCAUGUGUCUCAAAUGUCAAGUACGUGUAUGAGGAUACAGAAGAUGGAGGAUGGAUGACCUGCGCAGCAACUGUUCUAAUUAGAGAAGGUGAAGAGCUAUUGGACCAUUAUAUUUCAAAUCUAGAGAGUACAAUUAGAAGACGGCAGUUUCUAAGGCACACAUUAUUAAUAUAAACUUUAAUUCUUUUAUUUAAAACUAGGCAAUCAGGGUGCUUUGC